AACUGCUGUUGAAACAUGGCGAAGCACUGGGGUGUCACCUCUUUUGUGGCACUAGCACUGCUAGCAUGCUUAGCUGGGACAGAGGUAGAAGCUCAGGUCAAAGGCCUGUCGAGUCCUUCCAUAAACCCCAAUCCAAAAGGUAGCUCUGUUCCAUUAUCUGACCGUGUCGAUCGUGGAGGUGACGGCGGCCAUCCACGGCCGGCCACGGCGGUCGUCCAUCUCGGCCGACCAUGGCCGUCCACAGAGGCCGUCCUUGUCGGCCUUCCAGCCUAUGUCGACCCUCUACCGGCGUCCACGUCUACGGCGGUUGCCAACUUCAUCCACAGCCACGUCGUCCACGCCCUUGCCAGCCACGGCGUCCACAUCGGCCACGGGCACGUCGGCCACGGCAGCUACGGGCACGUCGGCCACGGGCACGGCAGCUAUGGGCACGUCGGCCACGGGCACAUCGGCCACGGGCACGGCGGCCACCUCGUCUUUCCAAGUCAUCCACUACAUCCAUGGUGGCCGUCCACGACCGUCCACGGCAGCCGUCUUUGGCGUCCAGUGAGGCCAUCCACGUCCAUCUUUGGCGGCGUUGUGAGGCAGCCGGCCAACGCCGCCCAUGGCAACGAUCCACGGCCGGCCACGGCCGCCUUCGGCAUCCACGGCGGCCACGGUGGCGACGGCCAUGACGGCCGUGACGGCCGCGACGGCCGCGACGGCGCUGAUGGCGCUGACGGCGGCCUUGUCUUUGAUCAGCAUCAGCAGCAGAACCCAACAAACUCACAGACGCCACUCGGACCCAUUUUUCCAAACAAUCCUCCUGCCCAGAGUUGUGACGUGCCAAAAAACACGAGAAUCACAUGUGGACUUCCUGAUAUCUCUACUGAACACUGCAAAGAGAUAAACUGCUGCUCUGAUGGACGGCACUGCUUUUAUGGAAAGGCAGUGACCGUUCAGUGCACCAAGGAUGGCCAGUUCAUUGUCGUAGUGGCGAGAGAUGCCACUCUGCCCAACAUUGACCUUGAGUCAAUCUCACUCUUGAGCAAAGCUCCAGGCUGUACACAUGUUGACUCUAAUUCAGACUUUGCCAUCUAUAACUUUGGUGUUACCGCAUGUGGCACCGUUGUUUCGGAGGAGCCUGGUGUUAUAAUCUAUGAGAACAGAAUGUUCUCCUCAUAUGAAGUGGAAACCGGGAGUUUAGGAGUUAUUACCAGAGACAGUCAAUAUGAGUUGAUCUUCCAAUGUCGGUACAUCGGCACCACUGUUCAAACUGUGGUUGUAGAAGUAUCACCGUUACUAGAUCCUCCUAUAUCAGUUGCUGCUGUGGGACCCAUCAGAGUAGAACUGAGGUUGGGUAAUGGACAGUGCAUUUCAAAGGGUUGUGUUGAAGAGGAUGUGGCCUAUGCUUCGUACUACACUGAUGCUGACUAUCCUGUCAGUAAAGUACUGAGGGACCCUGUGUACGUGGAGGUUCAACUCCUUGAGAAGACAGAUCCCAACCUUGUCCUGACUCUUGGUCGCUGUUGGGCAACCACAAGCCCCAACCCUCACACUCUGCCCCAGUGGGACAUUCUGACAGACGGGUGUCCAAGCAGGAACGAUAAAUACUUGUCUUCACUGGUUCCAGUCGGUUCCUCCUCUGGUCUGCUCUUCCCCAGUCACUACAGACGUUUCCUUUUCAAAAUGUUUACCUUUGUUGACCAAACGUCAUCGAAGUCGACCAAAUCUCAACCCUUGAGGGAACAGGUGUACAUUCACUGCAGUACAGCAGUGUGCACUCCUGUAAUGGGAUACUCCUGUGAACCAAUGUGCUACAGAAAAAAGAGAGAUGUCAUGGAUGUGGCCCAGACAAGUUCUCAGCCAAAGGUCGUGGUUUCUGUAGGACCAGUGGACAUGGGUGCGUCUUGGCAGUAAACAGCAGUGUCAAACUCAAAUAUUUGUCCGAGAUCAUGAAGUAAAGGAUUUGCAUAUGACAGACUGUAUAUUGUAAUGAUUGCAAAAAGAUUACAACGUGUGCUGCAGGAAGAAUGAAAUUGAUCCCGAAAGUAUUGUAGACACCAUUGUAUUAAAAUAUAUUGGCUUUGA